AUGCCUUUGGCAUACUCUUUACCGUCUGACUUGUCGCCUGCGACGGUGGCGAACACUUCGUCGCUACUGCGGAUAGUCGCACUGGCACUCAUUUCUGGUGCUGCCAUUGCUUCCCGACUCUUUGCUGUCGUCAAUUUCGAGAGUAUCAUUCAUGAAUUUGACCCAUGGUUUAACUACCGUGCUACUCGUGUCUUAGCCGAAAAGGGCUUUUACGAAUUCUGGAAUUGGUUUGACCCCACAGCAUGGUAUCCACUGGGUCGAGUCGUCGGUGGCACUAUCUAUCCCGGUCUCAUGGCCACCAGCGGCGUCAUAUACAACGUUCUCCAUGCCCUCAACUUGCCCGUCGAUAUUCGCAACAUUUGUGUGCUCCUUGCUCCUGGGUUCAGCGCUCUUACAGCGUGGGCGACCUAUAUGUUCACAAAGGAAAUGAAAGACGAAAGCGCAGGCCUUCUUGCUGCGGCCUUCAUCGGCAUUGUUCCCGGCUACAUUUCGCGCUCAGUCGCUGGUUCAUACGAUAAUGAGGCGAUUGCUAUUUUCCUCCUCAUGUUCACCUUCUACUGUUGGAUCAAAGCUCUCAAAACUGGCAGUGCAUUCUUUGGUACAUUAGCCGCCUUAUUUUACUUUUAUAUGGUUGCUGCUUGGGGUGGCUAUGCCUUCAUCACAAAUAUGAUACCCCUCCACUCAUUUGCAUUGAUCCUCAUGGGUCGCUUCAGCAGCCGCCUUUACGUUGCAUAUUCGUCUUGGUACGCCAUCGGAACCCUUGCCAGUAUGCAAGUACCCUUUGUCGGGUUUCAACCUGUCAGGACGAGCGAACAUAUGGCCGCCCUAGGCGUGUUCGGUCUGCUGCAGAUCGUUGCUUUCGCGGAGCUCGUAAGGACGCAUGUUUCGUCAAAGCAAUUUCAGACCCUCCUCUAUGCCUCAGUCGUUGGAAUGGGUUUCCUCGGGGCUUUGGCGAUCGUCGGCCUCACGUACAAGGGAUGGAUCGCACCAUGGACAGGCCGUUUCUACUCCCUUUGGGAUACUGGCUAUGCAAAAAAAUACAUCCCCAUUAUUGCAUCUGUCUCUGAGCACCAGCCUACGGCGUGGCCGUCGUUCUUCAUGGAUCUGCAAUUGCUCAUCUUCUUGUUCCCUGCAGGUGUAAUCCUGUGUUUCCGUCAGCUACGUGACGAACACGUCUUUGUCAUCAUCUACGCCGUUGUCGCAAGCUAUUUUGCCGGCGUCAUGGUUAGGUUGAUGCUGACACUAACUCCUGUUGUCUGUGUUACCGCCGCAGUAGCUUUCUCAUCGGUACUCGAUACCUAUAUCGAUCCCGUUGAACCGGAUGCUGAAGAAGAGGAUUUCGAGGUUGCAGAAGCUACUCCCAGUGGGAGCUCAUCAGCGGUGUCGGCAACCUCCGGAAACGCAACGAAGAAAAACAAGAAAGCCAUAUCUGCAUCUCAGGCUGGACCUCUCGAUAGUUUGGUAUCGUCUGUUACAUCCGCAGUUGCAUCCUCGAAGAAAGACAAAGUAUCUCGUGGCAUCUUCGGCCUCGAUACGCGUGGAGCGGUGCUCUUCAAUGCGCUGGGCAUGCUGUUUUUCUUCGUAUUCCACUGUACUUAUGUGACUUCUUCGGCCUACUCCUCGCCUUCAGUGGUGUUGGCGUCAACGAACCCGGACGGCAGUCAGCAUAUUAUAGAUGACUUCCGCGAGGCCUACUAUUGGUUGAGGCAGAAUACCCCCGAAACGGCUGUCGUAAUGAGCUGGUGGGACUACGGAUAUCAGAUUGCAGGCAUGGCGGACCGUCCAACCCUAGUAGACAACAACACGUGGAAUAACACGCAUAUUGCGACUGUGGGAAAAGCAAUGUCCAGCAGCGAGGAGGUCGCCUACCCGAUCUUGCGCAAGCAUGACGUUGACUACGUUCUUGUUAUCUUUGGUGGUUUGUUAGGAUACUCUGGUGACGAUAUCAACAAGUUUUUGUGGAUGGUCCGUAUCGCACAAGGUGUUUGGCCGGACGAGAUCCAAGAGCCGAACUAUUUCACUGCGAAGGGAGAAUACAGAGUAGACGAUGCGGCGUCGACGACGAUGAAGAACAGUUUGAUGUACAAAAUGUCUUAUUAUCGUUUCGCUGAGCUAUUUGGCGGCAAUCAAGCCAUGGACCGCGUCCGCGGUCAGCAGAUGCCUAAGGUAGGACCGACACUGGACUACCUAGAUGAGGCCUUUACAUCGGAAAAUUGGAUUGUGCGGAUAUACCAAGUCAAGAAGGACGAUCUUCUAGGGCGGGACCUGAAAACCGCUAACGCCUUCGCUCAGGGCAAGAAAAGAAAGAGAACAAAACCUCAACCUAGGCGGAAAGCGCUUGCGUAG